GAUGUCAGAAUUACCCUUCAGACCAAGAGAGAAGCUUAUUGAGAAGCAAAAAUAUUUCCAGGGUAUCCAUAACUACACACACCUGAAAGCACCAAAUGAUAAGAUCACAUCUGUGGCAAUACCACUUGCCUUGGCAGCUUCUUCAAUCUUCCUGAUUGGAAGAGGGAUCUAUAAAUAUGCCCAUGGAAUAGGGAAGAAAGAAUGACGUGGGAGUUCUUUUGAGCGAGAUGAAACCUACUCGGAUCGGUUUUGUAUGUUUGUUUCCAUUAAUAAAUUUGCUCAGUAGUUGCAAAACUUUAUGGUCGCUGUGGGAAGUUGAAGUUGAGAGCUUUAAGGAAAAUUUUGUUAUUUCCUCCAAUUUGCUUUGAUGUAUGCAAUUUAUUUUAAAAAUUACUCAGUUUUGAAGGAAAUUCUAGGUGUCCAUGGUCACUUGCAAAACUGUGGUUAGACAUUAUCACAAAUUCAAAUCUCAGAUAGGACAAUUUCUCUUGGUUACCAUAUACCAGCAUACAGAUAGUCAACUGAGAUUUGUGAUCAAA